AUGAAAGAUGAAGCUGAAGAGCUUCUCAGAUUCAGAGCGUCGAAACCCCCACAAGUCAUUAUUGAAGAGAUUGAACAAAGCGAACCGAUUGUGCCAAAGCGUCAACAGAGAAGGAAGAGGAGACAGGACGAUCAGGUGCAAGGGCACCAGAGUAAGCCUUUGAUGAUUGGCUGGUAUGAUAGGGAUGUUGAGUUCGAGGAAUAUCUUACAAAAAGUUUAGAAGAUAAGCAUGCUCAAUGGAAGAGGGAUGAUGAGGUAGCUCGUCAAAUUUUGGAGAAAGCAUUUGAAGAGAGAAGCAGCAGUACCAUCGAUGGUGUACCAUUUGAAGCAGUAGCAUCUGAGGAUGAAGUUAUGCCGGAAGUUAGGGAAGCAGUAUCAUUUGAAGCGGUAGCAUCUGAAGUUGAUGUUAUGCCGGAACCAGUAUCAGAACUUGAAGAUGUGGUACCAGAAGCGGUGCCAGAACCAAUAACAGGACUUGGAGGAGAUGUUGGAGAUGUUAGAGGAGGAGAUUUCCAUGCAUACGUACCAGAGGCUGUACUUGCACCGUCAUGUGUUGAAUAUUCCACACCGAUUGGUCCAAGUGUCAUAGUUGACGAUCAUCCUACUGAAUUGACAAAUGUAGUGGACCAACCUGAUGCAGACAGUGCAAGAGCAGUUGUACAUGAAGAAGAUGUGUACCAACCCGUCAUAGACGGUGGGUGUGAACCACAGGCAGACAUUAGGGUUGACGAUGAAUUCUUUGUGAUCCUUGGGGACAUUACCGAUGAACUGUUCAUGUCCGAAGUUGACACCCAUGUGCAAGGAUCAGCUCCUACAGAAGCUGCGUCUGAAACAGUUGUAGGAGAAGUUCCCCAACAGUUUUUCCAAGAUGAUUUAUACCGUCCUUCUUUCGAGUAUGCUCUGGACGGAUGUCAUCUUCAUAAUGAGGGAUAUAUGACUAAAGAUGAAGACGAUGAGGUCGGCCAUUUUAUGUCAUUGGCCAACAUGUGUCGAGAUAAACAGUUGUUUACCUCAUUCUAUGAGUCGCUAUGUCAGCAACAUCAACCGACACAACAGCAUCAGAGUGACGAGCCGGAGACCGGAUGA